AUCUCAUUAGACUCGCUCUGUGCAGGGGUGGAGGCAGACAGAGCAAUGCAGACAGAUCUCCCUCUCCCUGCCACAGAGCAGCAGCCCACACAGCUGGAAAAGUUUCAGAGUAGCAGCCGUGUUAGUCUGUAUUCGCAAAAAGAAAAGGAGUACUUGUGGCACCUUAGAGACUAACCAAUUUAUUUGAGCAUAAGCUUUUGUGAGCUACAGCUCACUUCAUCGGAUGCAUUCAGUGGAAAAUACAGUGGGGAGAUUCAUAUACAUACACAGCCUGGAACCCACAGAAAGAGGGCGGGGGAGAGAGCUGUUGAUCCAACUCUGUGAGGACAGCCCUGUGAGACCCCGGAGCAGCAGUUCAUUUGCCGGUGUGCACUCUCGGCUGGCAGAGGCUCUCGCUGUGGACUCGGUUGCACGGCGCCUGGAAGUUCUGGUUCCAAAGCCCGGCUCUUCCCAAGGAGGAGGAAAAUCAAGGAGCGGUAAUCUGAUCUGACUGAGGGGAGGAUGAUGGAAUGGCACCAUGUGACACCCCAUGCUUGAGGACUCUCUGAGAAGAGGAAUGGUUGCCCACAACUAUCCAUUGCAAACUCUGAGAGAAAAUAACAAAGACACUGAAGAGCAACCCCUUCCACUGCUGUUGGGGUCCCUAGGAGAAAAGGGACUGCAGCAGAGAGGUGGACAGAGGAUUCCCACUUUUCCAACAUCACCACUGGGAUACUCAGGAUCUCCUUUAAUGUCAACAACGUCAGGUGCCCAGGGACACAAGUGAAAGAACAGAUCAGUUCUCAGAUGACUUGCCAAGGUCUGAUUUUGACUGUGGUCUUUGUCAUGCUCUGCAGGGCAGAAGCAGACACAGUGAUACAGAAAAAAGUGGUGGAGGUGGGUGGCAAUGUGACCUUGAGCUGCCUUCUGAUGGGAUCUUAUGACAUUCUGCAAGUUACAUGGCAGAAGACAAAUACUAGAGAGAAUUUGGCUACGUACAGUGUAUCUAAAGGAGUAACUGUUGCUGAAACAUACCGAGGUCGAUUAAAUUUCACACGCCUGUCACUAAAUGAUACGGCCAUCACCCUCUGGAGAGUUGGAAUCCAGGAUGAUGGAUGUUACAAAUGCCUCUUUAAUACCUUUCCCACCGGAGCCAUCCCACAAGACACCUGCUUUACUGUCUAUGAGCAGCUCAGAGGAUCUCUCCAUUAUAUAAUCUCUGAAGGCAACUUGACAGCCACCUGUUCUGCUAAUGCCUGGCCUCGUCCUGUGAUCUCCUGGAUUGUGCCGAAAGCUCAGAGUGAAAAGACAGAAGAGGUGGUCACGCACCCCAAUGGAACAUUGUCCGUCAUCAGCAAACUCUAUGUCAACCGUUCUACAAGCCUGGCUGGGCAAUUGCUGAUCUGCAGAGUACGGCACAUGGAGAAAGACAGAGAUUACAGUGUGAAAGUGGAAGACGGCUGGUGGUUUUCAGUUCCUUGGUUGCUGGCCACAGCGGCCCUACUCAUAGUUUUUGUUGUGUUGGUUCUGACUGUGGUGUGCUGGAGAAGACGCAGGAAAAAGCAAAGCGGAUUGAAACCUGAGCUCCCCAAGUGUCUGUUCAUGUGUCCUGGAGGACAGGACAUUGGCUGGGAUGCAGGAGAACCAAAUUCAAGGAUCCUGAACUCAACCAUCUCAUGGUCACUGCUGCCCAGGUUGCCACCCACUUCUACUUCCCCUACCAAUUCUUCCCUGGAAGAAUGGAACACACUGUCUUGAUUAACUUCUUACUCAUGUAAAUGUCUAGUACUUAUUUUCAGAAUUACUCCUCUGUUGUCUCAAUGCUAUUUUGCAGCACUGUGAUUAAAAGUGCUGAAGAUUUAGUUGUUGUAGGCAAAAAUGGAUUGUGAAAUCUAUGCCGAAGUGUCUGAUGUGGCACUACUGCUGGUACGUAGUAAUUGCCCCUGACUGGAAGGUUUAGCCCGGGUUUUUGGUUUGAGAAUGACCCAGCAGGUCUGACACUGAAAAUUCACCUGAAAGGAGAACCCACUGUAUUAAGUGAGUGUUCAGUUGUAAACUUUUAAAAUACAAUGAUAAUGUUUUGUUUGGAGUUAUGAAUAUUUCAGAGUUACAAACAAUAUCCAUUCCCAAGGUGUUCGUAACUCUGAAGUCCUCCUGUAUUUCCAGGGUGGCAGAAUAUCACAGUCAGAAUGUCUCAUUGCCACUAGAGUCCUGACCCUGGAGUCUUGUUUUAGAAUUGCCGUUGUUUAGUCUGGUGUGGCUUUCUUGUAAAGGGGAGAGUAUUUUGGUUGUAGACAUAUGAAUAUUCUGCAAUUCCAGAAAUACAUUUUGCCACAGUGAGUUGGUUUGGAUCCAUGUGGAAAAUAAUCUUACAAAACACAAAGAAAGCCAUUACAACAAUCCCUCACAGUGACGUAUGGUAUAAUUAAAGGGGUAAUUUUGUGGUAAUUAAGUUACUCAAAUCCUCCCCGCCCUAUCCAAGGAUAAACAUUGCACAACACAAAAGUAAGAGUAUUUAUGAACUGUUCUUGGUUUAAUAAUACACUAUGCCCAUACUGCUCUCUACUUGUACUUAGAGUUAUUUUUAAAAGAAGAAUUACGAAUGCAGGAUUACUCAUGCAUCUGCCAGUAUCAGCAGGAAUGCAGGUCAGAACUCCUGUAAAGGGUUAAUAAGCAAUCUAGUUAGAUAUGCAUUAGAUUCUGUUUUGUUUAAAUGGCUGAUAAAAUAAGUUGUGCUGAAAGGAAUGGAUAUUCCUGUUUUUGUGUCUUUUUGUAAUUUAAGGUUUUGUCUAGAGGGAUUCUCUAUGUUUUGAAUCGGAUUAUCCUGUAAGGUAUUUACCAUCCUGAUUUUACAGAGGUGAUUCUUUUACUUUUUCUUCAAUUAAAAUUCUUCUUUUAAGAACCUGAUUGCUUUUUCAUCGCUCUUCUGUGAGUUACACCUCUCUAAAUGUAGAGUCCCUCAGUUUCAGUCCAUCGUGGUUCUCCAGAUUUAAACUUGUGUGACCAAAACCAGAAUUUGACCGUGUGUAUGCAAAAUUCCAUGGGCAAUUGCAUUUAUUUCCUGGAGGACCAAGUACAACUGAAACUAAUUGUAUUUGCUGUACAUGCAGUUGUGUAUAUCUAAGUGUGGACACAUGAAACCUUUCAGAUUUUAUCUGUUACAGAAGAAAGAGUCUGUUGUGCUCCCAGCUACAUGGUAACUCAGUAAACAAGAGAGAAAUUCUCUUGUGUGCAAAGGGCCAGUACAUAGUCUUCAAAAUGAGCCAUCUGUUGGCUCUCUGCACAGGGGGGAAUUUCACAUAAUUGCCUCCCACACCUCAUUUGUGUCAUUUCACGGUGUAAAAUGAUUUCUAAUAGCUCCUUUUGGCUGUUCAUUCAAAUCAUGUAGCCAUAUUCAAAAUCACUGGCCUUUGAAAGCUUUAUUUUACUGAUAUGGAGGAAAAAAUUAACAUGACCUUAACAUAUGAACAGUUGUUUCACUCUUACAAAUCCCUAUUUAAUUCCUCACAGAAAUUAUUUGCACGUGAUCUUUGAAAUGCUAACGCUGGCUCUGCCAUGUAAGGAGAGUAACCAUUCCAUUUCGGUCUCUUUUAUCUACAUAAAUUGUGAAAACUCAUGAUACAAUAGGAUUUCUAGAUCAGCUUAUUUGGCAGCCUUGGGCUGUCAGAUUUUAUGUAGUUUCUUAUCUAAAGGUGGGUCUCCCUCUGAAUAAGUUGUUUGUUAUUGGAAUAAAUAUUUACAGUGAAUCAGACGUCAACUCAGUGGAUGAAACAUCAGAUGUAGUUGUAAACUAUUCCCACUAUAGUUACUUUUGUCAGGUGUCUUUUUGUUGUGUGUAUUUCACUGUUGCUAACCUCGAGAUCAAAACCCCUGAAUUAGACACACCCCCCCCCGCAAACUAAUGAGAUUUUAAAACAUGAUAUUAUUUUUUCCAUCUUUUGAUUUUGAACGCCUCCUGCCCAUCUCCUGUGUGUGUGUGACAAUUACCAUUGCUCACUCUCCUAAAUGUAUUGGGUAACGUGAUUUUGGCCCCUGCUGCAUGAGAUCUCACCCCGACAUCAGCCCAUUCCCUGCCCACCAAUUAAUCCUGUCCCCCAGCCCUGUCCAAAAGUUCAGUCUGCACCCAGCCCACAUUCCCCAUCAGUUCAGCCCAGCCUCAUCUCUGUCCCACCUGGGGUUCUUGACCCUACUUUUUCUAGAUGUGGGCUGACAGCAGAGGGGUUCCCUCUCCCCUUUCUAGAGUGGGGGGCGCAGCUCCAGUGCCUCUUCACCCCCCUCUACCUCUUCCCAGGCUGGAUGCAGCAGGGGGAGGGGCAAGGAGGGGAGGCACAGUUCUGUCUGGGUUGCUCAUAGGCAGGGAGGAGGGAGUGGAGCCUCACUGAGCUGAUGGGCUCUUUGCAUCCUCCCCCCUCCUGUGAGAAUGGAGAACGAGAGUAGAGACUCUGCUGGAUUCUGGCAGGGCAAAAAUUUGCAAGGCACCUGGAGCUUCUUGCAUCAUCGUGAGAUGGGUUCCAGAAUGCUCUAAAA